CAAUGUUAAGGGUCAAAUUCCCGAAGUGAACAUGUCAAACUAAGUUUGCGUACAAUGACAUGUAUUUAAGCCGGCGAUAAGAAAUAACCUACAAACAAAGGCAUGAAAAUGGCGACAUAUAAACACUGCCAAGUUGUAUUGCUUGCAUUGACUAUAUUUGCGUUAGCUCGAUUUGCAUGUAGCCAAGAUGGAACUCGCUGUACGAAACAAGAUGAAUGCCAAGACGGAAUGUGUUGUGUACACAGCCCAUUAUCGAAACCAGAAGUAAAGAAACGAUUUAUAUUUGGAACUUAUACACAACAUGAUCAUGGCUUUUGUAGGAGAGCACGACGAUUCAAUGAAAGUUGUUGGCCUUUAGGUCAUGACGGCUCGAACCCAGAACUUUACGAAUUCUUUUGUCCCUGUGAGUCAGGACUUGAGUGUCGAGGAUUGGUUGUCCACGAAAGCAAUCACCAGAUUGUCCAUCGGUAUCCAAAGUGUCAGUCUCCAGAAUCGAAUCUUCUGGAUAAUAGACCUACUCCUUCUGGUACUGUAUGUUCAUCAGAUAACGACUGUGGUACAGGGAUGUGUUGUGUGAGUUAUCCGGGGUCAGUAAAGCGACAGACGCAAAGUAAACAUGGAUACUGUAGAAAUGAGAGAAAACUAAAUGAGACGUGUGAUCUUCAAGAUGAGCUCACGCAUGAUUUCCAGUGUCAGUGCCAGGCUGGUCUGGAAUGCCGUGGUGCCGUGGUCCAUCACUUCGGGCAGCAAACCGUCCAUGAAAAUACGAUAUGCCAGAAACCACUCCCUGGAUAGAAAUAAAGAAAUGAAUUUGUAUGAGCAUCAUAUUACAUUCAACUUCUGA